AUGCACACUCAUGCCGCCAACAACCACGAGCGUGCCAUAACAAUUCUAUACGCUACAGAGACAGGGAACGCGCAAGACUUGGCAGAACGUCUUGCACAUCAUUGUCGUCGGCUACAGUUCACACCAACAGUGUUUAGCAUCGAUGCAUAUUCUCCCGAAGAGCUCAUCUCAGAGACACUCAUGGUCUUUAUCAUCUCAACCGCUGGAUCCGGGAAGGAGCCUCGUACCAUGAGCACCUUUUGGAAUAUGCUUCUGCGGUCAGACCUACCUUCAGAUCUGUUUGAAGACCUCGAUUACGCCGUCUUCGGUCUUGGUGACUCGACGUACGAGAAAUUCUGUUGGCCUGCCAAACUACUUUCUCGCCGCCUGGCGAGCCUCGGCGCUCGAGAGAUCUUACCCCGAGGUGAGGGCGACGAGCAACACCACCUAGGAUCUGACGGGGCUUUCGGCCCUUGGCUCUUGAAGCUGUCUAAAGUGCUUUUGCAUCUGCAUCCUCUGCCUGAAGGGACAGAGGUACCUCCCGGUGACACUCUUCCUCCACCUCGUGUGACCUUGACGCCGGGGGUACCAGCGGAAGACAUUCCUGAGCCUCUAUUCAAGGAUAAACGGUAUCAUCUUGCAACGAUCAAGCAGAACGAUCGGAUGACUGCUCCAGAUUGGUACCAAGAUGUUCGACACCUUGAGUUCGAAUUCGAUGAGGAUGUCUACUAUGAGCCCGGAGACGUAGCCGUGAUACAUCCACAUGUUCCUGCAGUAGACGUGGAGUCUUUUCUCAGCUCCAUGGGCUACGCGAAUAUCGCAGACGAACCAUUUACUAUAGAACACAACUUCCCAGAUCAGUCGCUUCCCGAUCAUCUCCCUGAAACGGCCACUUUGCGCCAGUUAUUCACUAGGUAUUUGGAUAUUACCGCCGUGCCAAAACGAUCCUUUUUCUCGACGCUGCGGCAUUUCACUACGGAUGAGCUUGAACGAGAGAAACUUGACGAAUUUCUCUCAGAAGAGGGUGCUGAUGAUCUGUAUGACUACGCCCAACGCGUUCGGAGAACAAUCCGCGAAGUGAUGGAGGAGUUUCGAAGCGCGAAAGUGCCCAAGGAAUAUGUCUUCGAUCUUUUUCCUCAUCUACGACCCAGGGAAUUCUCGAUUGCAAGUUCCGUACUGCGUAAUCCUCGUCGGGCGGAGCUAUGCGUCGCGAUUGUUCAAUACCGCACGAAAUUGAGGAUACCAAGGAGAGGCGUCGCUACUACAUAUCUGGCAGCUCUUCAACCCGGUGACAAAAUACCCGUAGGCAUCAAGAAAGGCGGUUUGAUCACCUUGCCGAAGGAUGUUCAUACACCAGUCAUCUGCAUUGGACCAGGGACAGGCAUCGCACCCGCCCGAGCCAUCAUCGAAGAACGGACUCGUCAGGGCUCGAAAGAGAACACUCUAUACCAAGGUUGCCGGUCUGUCUCCAAGGACCAACAUUAUCGCGCCGAGUUUGAAGCUUUGGCCUCGGAAGGCAAGCUUGUAUAUCGCGUCGCGCCUUCACGCGAUAGCCCUGAGGGCGUCAAGAGAACGUACGUUCAAGACUUGAUUGCGGAAGACGCUAAAAGGAUAUGGGAGCUUGUAGGGGAAAGUGGUGCAUGGGUGUACAUCUCAGGGUCAUCAAAUAAGAUGCCUGCAGGCGUGAAAGCUGCGAUACGUGAUGCCAUUAGAGAGUAUGGAGGGAAGAGUGAGGAUGAGGCAGCAGAAUAUGUCGCGACGAUGGAACGUGAGGGUAGAUUGAUAGAGGACUGUUGGAGUUAGAAGCGAACGUGUAUUGUACAUAGACUGUCCAGGAUCCAAAGUACAAAACAAAUCAUAAGGAUCGUGAGUAAGUAGAAAGAACCAGUGCAUACAGCACAAGAUAGAUGGGAAAGAGAUUGCUCUAUAGAACAACUAGCGUCGUAGAUCAUGUCCGUUAGUAUAAUCAUUAUGUCGCUGCACAACAUGAGAUAGAAGGUCGUCAAGGUACCAUUGCCGAAUCGAGUUUGCUCAAGUAUGCAUCUGG